GGAAAGAAAACGGACCUGUAGUGAUCCUGCAAUUUCAUCAAGACCCAAUGUCAGUGUUAAAGUAGCCUAUCAUUUGCUUAAUCCAAAAACUAAAGGUGCAGGACAGAACGAGAAUCACGUGUGACCUUAAAGAUAAACGCCGAAGCUUCAGACAUGGUGAUUACCCGUUUAGGCCAAACAAAAAAGUAAAAGAGCCUCAGACGAAAGUUGCAAGCAAAUAAUAAAUUCCCAUACCGUAUUUUAUUCCAUUUUCUUUUUGUCCUUUUUUAUUCCUUCGCACUUCUUUUUCUUACUUUAUAAACGGAGGUUCCAACAAACAGUUAGUUGCUGUUAUGUGUUAAGACACAAGCGCUCUGCUAGCUAAGAGAGGAAAUCUACCUAUUCCUAGUACUCUUCACAAUGUUUCUUAGGACCAAAGAGCUCUGUUGCUUUUCUCUGCUCAAGAUUUCCAAUUUGAGUGAUGUUGGUGUCGUCGUCUUCUGAAUCAUACUUCUGGGAUUCAUCAGCCCUCAGAGCUCAGGUGUGGUGGCGCUAGUGUUGCAAUGAAUUGCACCUCUUUCUUUCCUGUUACUUUAGUUAGGUUGCAUUUGCUUGUUGUGCUUACUAACCUGUAUUACUUUUAGGGAAAGAUGUUUGUAUGCUCGCACUUUGGAUGUUUCGGCAAGUUAUCAUCAUCCUUUAAUUUGUUGUUUGGUGCAACCUCUUUGUAAUUAUUCUUCAGAAGCAAUGUGAAAAGUUUCCUCACUCCGCAUUUGAAUCGAUGUCUAGUGAGCACACCUGAACGAAGCUGCCAUGAGUUUGAUCAGUUGGAUUUCCUUCAUAGAAGGCGUGUGGGCAGCGUGGGGGAUUCAGCUCCUGGUCGCCGCAAGCUUUGCCUGCAAGAUUGUUCUCGUAAUAUUUGGCAACCGUCGGAAAUAUAUGACGGGGAUUCCAGCUACUCUUGUCAUCUGGGCCGCAUAUUUGCUCCUUUCUUACUCUGUGACAAUCGCACUGGGCAAGGUUACUGUGGUCGACAUCGACGAUCCUAAUAAUCCGGGUUACGAUGUGGUGUUGCAAGCGCUAUUGGCCCCGUUGCUUCUGAUUCAACUUGGGUACGCAGAUGGCAUGACAGCCUAUGCGGAGGAAGAUAACCGGCUGGGAUUGAGACAACUGAUGAAAAUCGGGGUUGCGUUGUGCAUCGUGGUUUGGAUUCUCCGUCGCUGUUGGCACAGCUCGUCCCCGGUCUUGAUCCUGUACUUCCCCUUGUCCGUGGCCGGGAUCAUAAAGUCGGCGGGGUGGGUCUGGGCUCUCCAAUCCGUGUAUAAUGAGAACUCAUGCGUGACCGCAGAGGAUAUGUCCAAAGAAGCCCGCAUUAAGCAAGUGUUCGAUCCGCUCCCUAAGGAUGAGAAGUUCGCGUACACAAAGGACAUCUUGAAGGCCUACUAUCGGUUCCACUGUUUGAAGCCCCAUCUCGUGAACUGGCUGUACCACCCCCAGUUCAUAUCCAACGAAUCAAUGUCCAUCGAAGGUUACCCCGCCGACCGUGCUUUCACCAUGACCGAGAUCGAGCUGAACUUCAUGUUCGACGCGCUCUACACUAAAGCGCCCAUUCUGUACACAAAACUUGGCCUCAUAGGCCGCUUUAUGGGCUUCUUCUGCUUGGUGUGGGCCUUGUGUGGAUUUGCCAUGAUCUUCAAGAAUGCCUUCUUGAUUGAUAUGUACAUCACCUAUACCUACGCGUUACUGAUGGCAGUCACAUCUCUCGAGCUUUAUCAAAUCUCGAUGCUGGCGUUUUCGGAUUGGGCAGUGGCGAAGAUGGGUAUGAACCUUAAGAUGCCGCUCGUCGGAAGGCUCCUCCCAUUUCUAUCCAAUCGGUGCAUGAAGCAGAAAAGAUGGUCGAGGUCGAUAGGGCAGCUCAAUUUGUUUGACCACCGACUAUACAAAGAAUGUCCGAAGCCCAUUGCCACGGUACUUGAUUGGUUUGAGAAAAGGGGGUACUCCAGGGGGUAUCGGUUAUACUCCUGCCGGGCCAUCCCCUCGUCCCUCAGGAAGCUGGUGGUUCAAACGAUGACAAAGCUAGAGGAGAAACGAGACCGCCGGCCCUUCACAGAAAGAGGGAAGUGGACGCUCGAGAUUCACAGCAUCCAAGAGAAACAAAGACUGAGCGGUAGCAUUGCGACGGAAUUCGAUAAGAGCAUCAUUAUCUGGCAUAUCACAACGGAAAUGCUGCAGAUAUCGGAAAGCGAAAAAUCUGAUGCUUGUAGAGGAAGCAAACUCCUAUCAGAUUACAUGAUAUACCUACUCGCCGUGCAUCCUUACAUGUUGUCCCUCACCACUGCCAACAUCAUGCUGGAGCACGCUUGUUGCACACUGAGGCCUUUCUUGAGGUACCGAGACCAUAAAGAAGCAAUUAUCGCACUGUGUUCGCCGGAUGGAGAUGUCUCACACCCCGUCAAACCAAGUAAGGAGACGUGGAUCACUCGCGACUGGCACUUGUUGUCGGAGGUGCAGAAGCUUGUGGCCGACCUGAAGACGAUGGACAACAAGUGGGAGAUCAUCAGCAGCAUCUGGGUGGAGAUGCUGUGUUAUGCAGCACACCAGUGUCGUGUGUAUCACCAUGCCAAUCGACUGAGAGGAGGAGGUGAGCUCAUCACUCAUGUGUGGCUCCUCUUGGCUUACCAGACCGACAAGCUCCAGUUGAGGGAGGACGAGCUUUCUGAAGAUCCUGCCGCCUCGAACGAAUCUCCCUUCUUGGUAAAAGGUUCUUCUUGUUGCUUCCGGAGGAUGUUCGGGUAG